UUGACAUUUCGACUGGCCCUACAAAGAAAGGUCCAUAGCUCAUCAAGACGAACAAGAAGAUCAAAGAAGUCCAACAAAUUCAGGAAAAUGGAGGCUCAGAGCAGUGGCGAGCAAUCAGUCAGGUCUGUUGCAGCAGCCGGAGGCAACUCUAGAAUCAGCAAGGCAUUUUGUAGGUGUGGCGAAGGGUGGAAAUGUGUCAUCACUAGGACCGAAGGACCAGAUGCGGGCAAGGCCUUCUUCAACUGCGGUGACAAUUGCACCUGUGUUAUAUAUGCAGAUGGGACGGUGACUAAUGACGUUGUGCCGCAGGAGGUAGAAAAAGUUGGUGCAAGCGAAGCAUACUGCGAGUGCGGUGAAGGCUGGAAAUGUGUCAUCUCCAAGAUUGAAGGGCCUGAUGCUGGCAAGGGCUUCUCUGAAUGUUCUAAUGGUUGCACCUGUGUGACUGAUGCCUGAAGGCUGUUGAGAAAGUGCAGAUGUAACUACCAGGUGCUAUUGUUGGUAGAAAGCUGGCCCCUAGAGGAUCAUAUGUAACCACAAAAGGUGGCUGUAGUUUGCUUUGGCAACUCAUUUAGUAUGGUUCUGUAAAAUAUGGGAUGCAUGAAUUACAGAUAAAAAUAAAGGGCCGGUAGAAGCUUGCUUCCUCAUGUACUAGGAUUAGCAAUUGCUGCAUUAUGAAAUGCAUUUUGUACUCUGCUGUGCGUUUUUAGCCCUUAAUGGUAUUGGUAUUGUUUGUUUUACUCA